CCCCAGCCCAGCCACCCGGCCAGAACAUCAGCCCCGGGGGGCAGACCCCCUCCAGCCUGCCUCCCGCCAGCCCAGCCCUGCCAGAGCCCCCCCCCCCACAAAGCAUGAAUCUCUUCCGAUUCCUGGGAGACCUCUCCCACCUCCUAGCCAUCAUCUUGCUACUGCUCAAAAUCUGGAAGUCCCGCUCUUGUGCCGGGAUUUCAGGGAAGAGCCAGGUCCUGUUUGCUGUGGUGUUCACCGCCCGAUACCUGGACCUCUUCACCAACUACAUCUCACUGUACAACACCUGCAUGACGGUGGUCUACAUUGCCUGUUCCUUCACCACAGUCUGGAUGAUUUACAGCAAGUUCAAAGCCACUUACGAUGGGAACCACGAUAUAUUCCGGGUGGAGUUCCUUGUUGUUCCCACCGCCAUCCUGGCGUUCCUGGUCAACCAUGAUUUUACCCCUCUAGAGAUCCUCUGGACCUUCCCCAUCUACCUGGGGUCAGUAGCCAUCCUGCCCCAGCUGUUCAUGGUGAGCAAGACGGGGGAGGCCGAGACGAUCACAAGCCACUACUUGUUCGCGCUGGGCGUCUACCGCACGCUCUAUCUCUUCAACUGGAUCUGGCGCUACCACUUCGAGGGCUUCUUCGACCUCAUCGCCAUUGUGGCGGGCCUAGUCCAGACUGUCCUCUACUGCGAUUUCUUCUACCUCUACAUCACCAAAGUCCUGAAGGGGAAGAAGCUGAGCUUGCCGGCAUAGCCCUGGGCCCGGCCAUCCCUCUCCUCGGCGGCCCGCGAGAGGUGGAGGAAGGCAGCAAACAACGAAGAGCCUUCCCGUCCAGGGGUGACUUUUUAAAGAACCAACCUCUCCGCACUCCCUGGCCCCCCUCCUGCCGGGUUUCAGGGGGGCGGUGGAGGACCCAAGUCUUGGGGAGCUCAGGACCUGGGGUGUUUGUGGUUUUUUGCCUUUUAGAGAAGAAAAAAAAAAUCUUUCCACUAUUUAGUUUUUGAUUCUGAUGACUCCUUUCUCUUCUACUCUCUGGCCCCUGAUUUUUAUUAACUGUUUUUGAGUGUCCUGUGGGGUGGGGCAGGGUCGGAGAUCUUUUCCCUCCCCCAAAGCCCCUCGGCUCCCUUGCAGACCCUAACCCCCAGCCCUGCCCGUUGCCAAACACUAAACCUGCACACACCCACCUGUCUGACCUC